AGAAAGGGGGAGUGCUGUUACGCUACUUGGUGCUGCUUAUGGGGAUGACGAGGAGGAGGGUGAGGAGAAGGAGGGGGAGAUGGAGGGGAAGAAGGAGGAGGCGGAUUGGCAGGAGCAGGGAGAUGAAGGGGCUGAAAAGAGAGAUGGAGGGCCGGAUAGUGAAGGGAGAGAGGGACGCGACAUAGAGGGGCGUGAAAGGCAACAAGGGAAGCAAGAGGAGGAGGAAGAGGAAAGGGUUGCGGAGGGAGAAAGCGCGAGUACUGAGUCUGGCGCUCCUGGAGUAGAGGCAUUGGAGGAGGCACCAGAGGAGGGAGGUGGAGGCGUCUCUUCUGAGGUUCUUUUUGAAGGUGAUACCUUCUCUGAAAAACCUCCCCCAGUCGAACCCCCCCUGGCAUCAGAUGAGCCUCCCCCUCCUGGCAUGGAGACAGCAGAGGAGAGAGGGGGACGGGAUAGAGGAGGAGAGGGUGAAGAGGGAGGAACGGGAGAAGGGGAGGAAGGAGGGGAGGAAGGAGGGGAGGGAGGAGGAAGAGGUAUGGGCGAAGAAGAGGGGGAAGGGGCCAUAGGGGCAGCAGGAGGAGCAGCAGGAGGAGGAGGAGCAGCAGCAGCAGGAGGAGCAGCAGCAGCAGUUGGGGAGGCAGAGGUGCCAGAGUCAGUGCGGGGGGUGGUGGGGAAGAUGGUGGAGUUUAUCGUGCGAAACGGACACGAGUUUGAGAGCAUCGUGCGGCAGAGGGAUCAAGGCGAGGGGCGCUUCCCGUUUCUCUUACCUGGUGACCCCUUUCACGCCUACUACCAACGAACCCUCAACACUGCUCUAGAGCGCGCCAAUUCCCCCUUGGUGCUCAUGCCACAGCCACCCCCUCGACCACGCCCCCCCACUACCGUGCUGCCAGGCAGAAUGCCCGUGCCUGCUGUGCGGAAAACGAGGGGGGGAGAGGCAGGUGUGAUCUUAAGAGAUGUGACUCUAGCUGCAGAUGGUUCUGGUAAGGGGGAAGCCGAGGGAGGGGAGGAGGGGGGCAAGAGGGAGAGUGCGAAGGAGAAGAGGGGGGGAGCAGAGGGGGGACAGAGUGGGGAGGGGAGUGGGAGUGAGGGAGAGGAGGGGGAGAUCAGAGGAGAGGCGGGGAAGAGGAGAGGAGAGGGAAGGGCUACCAGUGGUUCGGAAGAGGAGGGAGAGAGUGGAGAGAUCGUGAGUGAGGAGAAGGGUGGUAAGGGAGAGGAGGGUGAGAAGGGAGGGAGUGAUAAGGAAGGGAGUGAUAAGGAGGAGGAGGGCAGCAGCUUUGCACCCAAGGGCACGGCUACGGCUGGUAGGCUCAGUGCAGCAGCAGUGGCUGCAGCAGUGCGUGCAGCCACUAGCAGAUUUCCCCCGUCUUCCCAUCCUGCAGUCUCUGCCCCACCACCAGCAGGUGCUAACCCUGCUGCUGCUACCCCUGCCGCUCCUUCUGCACCUGCCAAGGCUGCUGGUUUGGUGUUUGAGGGGGGGGAGGCUGAUGGUUCUACAGUGGUUGGCAAGCACACUUACAGGACUGGUGCUGUUGGUGGUACUGGGGCAUCUUUUGGUAACACUGGUGGUAACCGCAUGAGUGCGGCAGCAGUGUUGGAGAUUCUGAGAGGGAGGAGACCAGGGAGAGGAGCAAACAGGGCUGGCACAGGGCCCGGUUCGGCUCAGUCUGCUGCUACCCCUCCUGCUGCUGCUGUUGCUGCUGCUGCACCUGCAAGGUCCCUGGCUCCUGCAGACACGGGUGGUACUGGAUUGCCUACUGGUGCUGCUUGCACGGCUGCUGGUGCUGCAGCUUCUGUCACUCGUGGUGGUCCACCUGAGGGUGGGGAGGGGGCAACAGCAGCGGCGGGACUAUCAGCAGAGGAGCAGAGGCGACUGGAAAGGAGGCGCAAGGCCAAGCUCUUCUCUGCUAUGCUCUCCUCCACAACUGCUGCUGGUGAUCCUGCUACCGGCGCUGCUAGGGCGGGUGUUACUGGUGUAGGUGUCACUGGGGAGGUUGGUACAGGAAUAAGUGGUACAAGUGCUUUACCAGCAGCAGCAGAGGCUGAUGCUGCAAUGGUGGCAGCAGCUGCGGCGGCAGCAGCAGCAGUAGCCAAAGCAUUGCCCCUUCUUGGCUUGUCAGGACAGGCUGUGGUGGGGGCAGGGAAGGGUGUUGGGGGAGGGGGUAAGAUGGGCAAAGCAGCAGCAGCAGGAGGAAACGUAGCAGUUGAGGUAAGGGCGGGGAGUGUGGGAGUGAAGGGAGAAGCAGACGCAGAUGCAGGGGGGAUUGCAGGCAAAGCGAAUGGCUUGUUGACUGCUGAAUGUGCAGCAGGUGGGGUGGAGGAGGAAGAGGAGAGAAGGGAGGAAGGGGAGAGGAUUGAGGAAGCGGAGAGGAGGGAGGAAGGAGAAAGGAUUGAGGAAGAGGAAAGAAGAGGGGAAGGAGAAAGGAGUGAUGGUUCUGCUGAGGAGAGGGAGGAUGGGAAGGAAAGGGGGAGGUCGAGGAAAAAGGAGCUGAGGAGUGUGAGCAGCAGAUGCAAGGAGUCGCGAGGGGAUAGCAGCGAUAGCAGGGGCAGCAGCAAAAGCAGAGAACGACGGGAAAGGCGAGAAGGAAGAAGGAGAGUAGGAAGAAGGCAAGGUAGCUUAGGAAGCAGCAGAGAUUCAAGCGGAGAGCGCAAGCCAAGGGACAGCAGGAAGAAAAGCAGGCGGUCACCCUCCCACUCCCCAUCCUCGUCCCAGUCUCCCUCCUUUUCCUCCUCCUCGUGUUCCCUCAGCUCUGAUUCAAAAUCACCCUCCCCUUCCUCGUCCUCCUCCUCCCCCUCCCCCUCCUCUUCCUCGCGGUCCUCUUCUCCCUCAUCUCACUCCUCCCUGUCUUCCUCCCCGCCUCGCGUUGCCAACAGUGGUAGAGGGAAAAGGCGGGGCAAGCAGCGGCAGAGCCGGGAUAAAACUAGCAGGAGGAAGAAGCAGAAAGGGAGGGAUAAUGAUGACAGGAGACGAGGGCGUGGGGAAUCUAGGUCGAGGUCUUCUUUAAAGAAGAUAGAUGAGGAGGAUAAGACACGGAGAGGCUACGAUAAGGGAAGGAAGCUGGAGGAGAGUGAGAAGGCGAGGGAGAGGGAGAGGGAGAGGGAAAGGGAGAGAGGAAGGAGGAGGGGGAGUGAGCAGAGGGGAAGGGAGAAGGAGACGGAAAGGGAGAGGGAGAAGGGAAGGGAGCGUGAGAAGGGAAGGGAGAAGGAGACGAGAAGGGAGAGGGAAAAGGGAAGGGGAAGUGAGAAGGGCGGGGAGAACGACAGAGCGAGGGUCAAGAGAAAGAGAUCGGUCUCUCCAGAGAGAAAGCACAGGAAAGGUGGGGCCAGGAGCAAGGAGAGAGAUGAUGGAAUCGAGGCGAAGCCAAGGGAAAAGGAGAAGGAAGUUGUGAAGGAGGAAGCGGCAGUUGGGUCGGAGGUGGCGGCAGGUGAAGACGACGAGAGCAACAAGGAUAGGAAGACGAAUGAUGCCCCUAGUGUGAGCGUUCCUGAGGACAUUCGAGCUAAGGUGAAGGCUCUUCUACGCAAUUUAUGAAGCUUGGCCAAAACGAGGGACGCUCCUCCAGAAGUUGUAAAGUGGCUGGUCUUGGCAGUUGGUACGGAACAACAAUUGAUAUUCAUAAGUAUCUGGUGGCGUACGGAUGUUCCAGCUGCCGUUACAACUUCCAGCCGUGAUGUGGCGAUGUGAUAGGUGCACUGCGGCACAACUGGUUGAGCGAAUGCAAUGCAGGGCUCAGCUGUGCAGAUUCCUAGUAACUCGUUAGGAAGGGGUCUUGUUGAUGUAAGGCCUCUCUGCUCAUUAUGCAGCUUGGCUUGCCCUCCUUGCCGGUCACGAGUUUGAUUAUCCAAGUGUGGAAAGUACGU